AUGGCAAGGCAGUUGGGGAGACAGGUAAGAGAGGAUUACGACGUGCCGUGGGAGAACAUCAUGGAUGACAGGAUAUAUAGCAAUAUAAGUAAUCAAGGCCAAAAACAAAGGUCACAUCCUAUUGGAACCGGAGAUAAUGCUAGAGAUCAUAAUGCUGACGAUAUUGGCACAUUUGGUCGUCGGUCAACGAAUUCCAAUCGGACAAAUAGAAACUCCGACUAUCUUCAGUUAAUGGAAUAUCAAAUGGGAGGCUCUCAAUAUUCUCUUAGUGACCCAACGCAAGUGUACGACAACCCAUCUUACUCAAGAGAACACUUCCCAGCUGGACGUUACAAGAAGCAUAGGACUUACUCAGAAUCAACGUCCGGUAGUUGUAAUCGUCCAUGCGUUAUUGGGGCCGUUGUUUUCGUAGUGGUCAUUGCUCUCGCGGCAGCUGGAGUCGGAAUCUACUUUGGACUUUUUCGACAAGAGUCAAUGAAAGUGACACCAACGCCUGCUACACAGUCAGUGUACACGACAGAGUUAAGAUUGAGAGAUCAGACCUGGGAUACGAGACUCCUGGACCCAAAUAGUUCACAGUUUGCUGCGAUGAAGACUGAUGUUCAGUCUGAUCUCACUACAAUAAUGCUUGCGAGUAGUCUAAGAUCAAAGUACCAAAGCGUGGAGGUGACCAGCUUCAGUCCGGGAAGUAUAAAAGUUCAGUGUUUAAUGAGGCUUCUUGAAGAUGCUCUCUCCGCGGAAGAUGUAAAAUCCAGCUUGAUUGAGUCCUAUAAUUCUAUCAACAAGAUCAGCCUUAAGGUCACCAAAGACCUGGAUACAGUCGCAAUCACAAUUUCUGUGACACAGACCACAACUAUCAUAUCUUUACCACCAACAUCAACUCCAGUUACCCCUCUUUCCACCGUUGCACCAUCUACAUUACCAACAACGACCACAACAACUCCAACAACUCAAUCAACCACAACUCCAACAACAACCACCACCACCUCAACAACUACUACCACAACUCCAACAACUACAACUACAACUCCAAUAACUACAACUACAACAACCACAGCUAAAACCAUAACAACCACAACUACAACUCGUACUACAACAACCACUACUCCUACAACUACAACAAAAAUUCCAAUCACUAUUACAACGACAACGCCAACUACAACCACAACAACUACUGCUACCACAACCCCAACUACAACGAGUAUAACUACGUCUCCUACUACAACCACUAUCCCUACAACUACGACAACUCCGUUAACAACAACUCCGACUACUACAACCACUACCCCUAAAACUACAACGCCGACCCCUGCUGCAACAACUACUACCUCAACAACUACAACUCCCACCCCGACUACAACAACAACCACGACCUCAACAACCACUACUCAACCAACUACUACAACAACAACCAACCCUACAACUACAACCACAACAUCGAUUAUCGUCCGAACUACAGCAGGUCCGGCAACUCCAGACGUCUGUCGAAAUAGUACCUUGGCUAUACAGUUUUUAUUCGAAUGCUUUGAUUUUCAAACAUUCUUGGCACUUUCCUCAGAUGACGCCAAAUGCACGUACCUCGCUGGUGUUGGGAACUGCCUUCAGACAAAAAUAGAGACAACUUACAGCGUCGCCUGUUCAUAUAGUGACCAGCUUAACAUAAUUAAUUCUUUUGCUGGCGUAGUUUCACAAGCACUUCAGUUUGACUUAAUUGCAAUAUGUGACGGAAUGAAGCGUGCAGUUUUGUUUUACUUUGGGGGAAACCAGAAGACGAUUGGCCCCAUGCCUGUUCACCCUAAGGCUCGGUAUGAGCUUUUCUUCGAAUAUUCCAAGCCGUUAAACCUCCUUGACAGACUUGCUUGGUGA